GGGCCCAGCCGGAGCCUCCUGCCGCCUGGACCGACCGAGCGGGGAGAGCGCCCCCUCCCCGCGGGCCCAGCCCAAGCCCGGCCCCGCCUGGCCAUGGGCAACGCGGCCACGGCCAAGAAGGGCGGCGAGAUCGAGAGCGUGAAGGAGUUUCUAGCCAAAGCCAAAGAAGAGUUCCUCAAGAAAUGGGAAAGCCCAUCGCAGAACACAUCCAAUUUGGAUCAUUUUGAGCGGCUCAAGACCUUGGGUACAGGCUCCUUUGGACGGGUGAUGCUUGUGAAGCACAAGGAUACCGGCAAUUACUUUGCCAUGAAGAUCCUUGACAAACAAAAAGUUGUCAAGCUGAAACAGAUUGAACACACCCUCAAUGAAAAGCGCAUACUCCAGGCUGUGAACUUCCCAUUCCUUGUCAGGCUAGAGUAUUCUUUCAAGGAUAACUCAAAUCUGUACAUGGUGAUGGAAUACAUCCCAGGUGGUGAGAUGUUCUCCCACCUACGGCGGAUUGGCAGGUUCAGUGAACCUCAUGCCCGGUUCUAUGCCGCUCAGAUUGUGCUGACUUUUGAGUACCUGCACUCGCUAGAUCUCAUCUAUCGAGACUUGAAGCCGGAGAACCUCCUCAUUGACCAGCAAGGCUACAUUGAGGUGACAGAUUUUGGCUUUGCCAAACGAGUGAAAGGUCGAACAUGGACCCUUUGUGGAACUCCAGAAUAUUUGGCUCCUGAAAUCAUUCUGAGCAAGGGUUAUAACAAAGCUGUGGACUGGUGGGCCCUGGGUGUCCUAAUCUACGAGAUGGCAGCUGGCUACCCUCCAUUCUUUGCAGACCAGCCAAUUCAGAUCUAUGAGAAGAUUGUCUCUGGGAAGGUUCGCUUCCCAUCUCACUUCAGCUCGGACCUGAAGGACCUGUUGCGAAAUUUGCUCCAGGUGGACCUCACCAAACGCUUUGGCAAUCUAAAAAAUGGAGUCAAUGAUAUCAAGAACCACAAGUGGUUUUCUACCACCGAUUGGAUUGCCAUCUACCAGCGAAAGGUGGAAGCUCCCUUUAUACCAAAGUGCAAAGGAGCUGGAGACACAAGUAACUUUGAUGACUAUGAGGAGGAGGAGAUCCGGGUGUCCAUCACUGAGAAGUGUGCCAAGGAGUUUGCAGAUUUUUAGGGUCAGCCCCCUUUGCAGGCCACGUGUGCCCAGGAAAAGGAAGGGCUGAAUUUGAUCAGCCCCAAGGGCCAGAGUUCCUUGCCUAUAUGUUAAUUUUGAGAGGUGGGAGGCUGUUGGAGUUCACCUGGAUCUGUUUGGGCAGAAAAGAGAAUUGGGGAGUUCACUUUGAAGCUGUGGAAAAGGCAACAGUCCUGAGUAGUCCAUCCGCCUCCCACCACAAGCUACAAGGUGGCUCCCAGCCACUCUCAGGCAGGUUUUAAACAAAUUCCCUUCCUCCUCACACUGACUUGAGUCCAUACACAAACCCUAAUCAGACAGUCCCUAGUUUAUUGGUGGCUUUAUAUAUUUUUUUGAGGGAAAGGGAAUUUUUUGCCAUUCAUCACCAACUACAAAGGUUUGUUUCAUGGGGCAUUGUAAGAAUUUCAGGGAAGGAGGGGAGAGGAAGUAAACACACCCACAUAGCACUUUGGUGUUCAGACCGACACUAAAUGGGUUAACGGCCCAACCUUGUCACCUCCCUUGUGAGAUAACCCUGCCAUUUUAUCAAUAUUAUUUUUUCCAGGCUCCUUUUAUUAACUUUCAAGAAAUUGUUGACUGGCUUUAAAAAAAAGAUUUUAACAGUCUAGGGGGGUACUUUUUAUAUGCUCUGUCCCAGCACAAUUAAAUGAAAUUCAGCAGGAAUUUUAACUCUGUAAAACAGCUGAGUUUUAGCAUGAAGAAUUUGUUCUGUUGGAUAGAAACACUUUAUUUUCGAUCUUUGGACCCUGUUUUAGGAAAAGAGGGGGACAUAAAUAAUCACACCUGCAAGAGAGGGGCAGUGACUGGUUGAUAGGCAGUCCAGAAAUUUGUCUGAUUUUUGUCCUAAAUGUGCUCCCCUUCUCUCUUCUCCCUCCCCCAUCCCUAAUGCCUCCCAAAUCAGUUCCGCUGCAUCUGGCAAUUCUUGCAGUAUCUGCCUGAAUAGAGAAGAAACGAGCAGGAUCUAGUCACCCCUAUUGGAACAUCAACAAUAUCUGGCUCAUUGCCACCAUUAGUCUUCAGUUCUGAGUGGGUUUGUCCCUCUUGGUAACAAUCAGGGUGGAGCAAGGUACUUGAAAAGCUUGAGAGUUGCAGGCGAACUGCAUAGGGUUCAUAUGCUCCAAUCUGCUCAGCCCAGGCAGCAGCAAUCUCUGUUUUGUAAUACAAGGAUAUUCCAGUCUAUUGGUAGAAACUCCCUUAGUCCAGUUCUUGGGGGAGGGGGGAGGCUCCAGCACCUACUCUGUUUUUAUGCUCAAAUGACAAGGGGUGAGUGGUCAUCCUAGCCUUGGUGUAAAGGAACUUUUGGAACAAAGUGUUGGAAAGACCCAUCUACUCUGGUCAAGCCAGUGAGAUGUUGUCAAGGGAGAUACCCUAUUGUAAUGAGAGUUGGAAUCUGUUAAGAGUCUUCCCUCUGAGAGACAUGGAUGUGCAGGGAGCUCCAAGUGUAGAGGGAGGGCAAUCCAUUUCCUCCAUUGAUCUGUUCUGACUUCUCUGCCUCUCCCUCUUUCCAAUACAAUGCCUCUUUGUGUUCUGUCUUUCACCUAUCCCACCCCAAACACACUCUCUUUCUGUACUCACCAGUUUAGUUUUCUUCUAUUCUUUCCAUGGCUGGGGAGCAGAGUAGGCUUCUUUAGAUUGGUAGAUGAAUUAUAUCACACAUACAGAAGCGCUGUCAGGAGCAGACAAGCUUUGCUUGUCCCUUCUACUCCUCAUCUUCCUCUUCCUACCAAGAAGCUCAUCAGCCCCCUCUGUUGGGUUGGGGAGAAGGGGAGUUAAAUCCUCACCUGCUCCCUGCCUUGGGAAAAAAACACUUCUAUGUAAUCCAACAAAACUUGUUUAAAACAAUCCCUACUUCCUCUUUAACAGUGUGCUUUGUUGUAAACAUAUUUGAAACUAUUACCAAUAAAGUUUUGUUUAA